UGACUGGCCGACGGGAUGGAGAGCGGAGCAGCCGGGUGCCAGCGCGGACCCCCGACCGACGCCCCGGCCCACACUCUGCGCGGAGGGGGCGGCGGGCAGAGCGCUGUGUGCGCGGCGGAGAUCGGCGGCCUGAGUGGGGUGGAGCUGGCGCGGGGUUUGAACCUCCUGGGUGUUGGGCCUGGGGUUUCUGCCAGGCCCUUGCCCGGAAAGGCUGAAAACCAAGAAGUGAGGGGUCUCAGGCCUCACCCCGGGGCUGUUGGUGCCAACACCUGUUGCGAGCUCCCUGCCUCCCAAAAACUGGAACAACUCAAUCAAUAUCCAGACUUUAACAACUACCUGAUUUUUGUUCUUACAAAAUUAAAAUCUGAAGAUGAACCCACAAGAUCAUUGAGUGGUCUAAUUUUGAAGAAUAAUGUGAAAGCACACUUUCAGAACUUCCCAAAUGGUGUAACAGACUUUAUUAAGAGUGAAUGUUUAAACAAUAUCGGUGACUCCUCUCCUUUGAUUAGAGCUACUGUAGGUAUUUUGAUUACAACUAUAGCCUCCAAGGGAGAAUUGCAGAAUUGGCCUGACCUCUUACCAAAACUCUGUAGCCUGUUGGAUUCUGAAGAUUACAACACUUGUGAGGGAGCAUUUGGUGCCCUUCAGAAGAUAUGUGAAGAUUCUGCUGAGAUUUUAGAUAGUGAUGUUUUAGAUCGUCCUCUCAACAUCAUGAUUCCUAAAUUUUUACAAUUCUUCAAGCACAGUAGUCCAAAAAUCAGGUCUCAUGCUGUUGCCUGUGUCAAUCAGUUUAUCAUCAGUAGAACUCAAGCUCUGAUGUUGCACAUUGAUUCCUUUAUUGAGAAUCUCUUUGCAUUGGCUGGUGAUGAAGAACCAGAGGUACGGAAAAAUGUGUGCCGGGCACUUGUGAUGUUGCUUGAAGUUCGAAUGGAUCGCCUGCUUCCUCACAUGCAUAAUAUAGUUGAGUACAUGCUGCAGAGGACCCAAGAUCAAGAUGAAAAUGUGGCUUUAGAAGCCUGCGAAUUUUGGCUCACUUUGGCUGAGCAACCAAUAUGCAAAGAUGUACUCAUAAGGCAUCUUCCCAAGUUGAUUCCUGUGUUAGUGAAUGGCAUGAAGUACUCAGAUAUAGAUAUCAUCCUACUUAAGGGUGAUGUUGAAGAAGAUGAAACAAUUCCUGAUAGUGAACAGGACAUAAGGCCACGUUUUCAUCGAUCAAGGACAGUGGCUCAGCAGCAUGAUGAAGAUGGAAUUGAAGAGGAAGAUGAUGAUGAUGAUGAAAUUGAUGAUGAUGAUACAAUUUCUGACUGGAAUCUAAGAAAAUGUUCUGCAGCUGCCCUAGAUGUUCUUGCAAAUGUGUAUCGUGAUGAACUUUUGCCACAUAUUUUGCCCCUUUUGAAAGAAUUACUUUUUCAUCAUGAAUGGGUUGUUAAAGAAUCAGGCAUCUUGGUUUUAGGAGCAAUUGCUGAAGGUUGCAUGCAGGGCAUGAUUCCAUACCUACCUGAGCUCAUUCCUCACCUUAUUCAGUGCCUCUCUGAUAAAAAGGCUCUUGUGCGUUCCAUAACUUGCUGGACUCUUAGCCGCUAUGCACACUGGGUAGUCAGCCAGCCCCCAGACACGUACCUGAAGCCAUUAAUGACAGAACUGCUAAAGCGUAUCCUGGAUAGCAACAAGAGAGUACAAGAAGCUGCCUGCAGUGCCUUUGCUACCCUGGAAGAGGAGGCUUGUACAGAACUUGUUCCUUACCUUGCUUAUAUACUUGAUACCUUGGUCUUUGCAUUUAGUAAAUACCAGCAUAAAAACCUGCUCAUUCUUUAUGAUGCCAUAGGAACAUUAGCAGAUUCAGUAGGACAUCACUUAAACAAACCUGAAUAUAUUCAGAUGCUAAUGCCUCCACUGAUCCAGAAAUGGAACAUGUUAAAGGAUGAAGAUAAAGAUCUCUUCCCUUUACUUGAGUGCCUAUCUUCAGUUGCCACAGCCCUGCAGUCUGGCUUCCUUCCAUACUGUGAACCUGUGUAUCAGCGUUGUGUAAACCUAGUACAGAAGACUCUUGCACAAGCAAUGCUGAACAAUGCUCAACCAGAUCAGUAUGAGGCUCCAGAUAAAGAUUUUAUGAUAGUGGCUCUUGAUUUACUCAGUGGCCUGGCUGAAGGACUUGGAGGCAACAUUGAACAGCUAGUAGCCCGAAGUAACAUUCUAACACUAAUGUAUCAGUGCAUGCAGGAUAAAAUGCCAGAGGUUCGACAGAGUUCCUUCGCCCUGUUAGGUGAUCUGACAAAAGCUUGCUUUCAGCAUGUUAAGCCUUGUAUAGCUGAUUUCAUGCCAAUAUUGGGAACCAACCUAAAUCCAGAGUUCAUUUCAGUCUGCAAUAAUGCUACAUGGGCCAUUGGAGAAAUCUCCAUUCAAAUGGGUAUAGAGAUGCAGCCUUAUAUUCCUAUGGUGUUGCACCAGCUUGUAGAAAUCAUUAACAGACCCAACACACCAAAGACGUUGUUAGAGAAUACAGCAAUAACAAUUGGUCGUCUUGGUUACGUUUGUCCUCAAGAGGUGGCCCCCAUGCUACAGCAGUUUAUAAGACCCUGGUGCACCUCUCUGAGAAACAUAAGGGACAAUGAGGAAAAGGAUUCAGCAUUUCGUGGGAUUUGUACCAUGAUCAGUGUGAAUCCCAGUGGAGUAAUCCAAGAUUUUAUAUUUUUUUGUGAUGCUGUUGCAUCAUGGAUUAAUCCAAAAGAUGAUCUGCGAGACAUGUUCUGUAAGAUCCUUCAUGGAUUUAAAAAUCAAGUUGGGGAUGAAAAUUGGAGGCGUUUCUCUGACCAGUUUCCGCUUCCCUUAAAAGAGCGUCUUGCAGCUUUUUAUGGAGUUUAAUCUCAUACACUUAAGCUGCAGUCCCAUAAUUAGGGGUCCUCCAGUCUUGGAGACUAUGAGGGAGCCUCUGCACCCAGGGAAAAUGUUACCCUUUACAGGGGGGAAGGGUAAACCAGUAGGGAAUACAGUACAAUCCCAACCCUACUGGGAGGGGCGGGAGGGAGGUGUUGCCGUCACUGUAUUAAGUCGCUGUUGGGAAACGUUUUAACAUCUGGAGCCUUUUGGGUGGAAAUCUGUCUCCAAUUACAACUCUGCACUGGAUGUGAAGAAGCAAAAAAAAAAAAAGAAAAGAAAAAGCUGUUCAAUCUACUCACAAAACAGUACAUUCUGGAAUAUUAUGGGGAAUUGUACCAAAACAAGAACCAUAUAAAUGAUGCAUAGGGAUGAGAAAGAGGAAAAAUUCUAUAGUGCACCAUAAAGGAAACCUAAGAAUGAGGAUUAGAAGACAGUAAAGUUUUGGGUUUUUUUUUUUUUUUUUUUUUUUAAGGUUUUUAUAAAAUUUCCCACAUUGAUGGGGACUUGUUUUUGCAUGCUGAUGAAGAACUACACAAAUGAAAGCUAAUAAGAGUUAAAAUCAGCUUGCCUACCCAUAAUAGUAGAAGCAGGUUCUUGGAAGUUACAAUUUAAGGUACCCCAAAAAGUUGGAAAUAAAACAAAACAAAUAUAAACAAUGAAGCACCCUGUGAAAUGCCAAAUGAGUCACUCCUUUUACCUUUGUGGGGUGGGCAGGGAGGGAGGAAUAAAUGGGGUUGGACAUAUCAAACUAAAGAUUGACAUCUUGAUUUUGCAUUAAGACAUUAAUGUAGUGGAUAUAAUUUGAUGGUUGUACUUCAUUAGAUUUAAUUUCUAGGCCAAGAUGUUAUUUUUAAAGUGCAGUUUAAGGUUCAGGCAUGCAUUCUGGCUCAUAGUGAUUGAAAGUACUUUAAAUUAGUGGGAGAGUAGCAUGCUUGCAUCACAUAGAGUGAGAUUGGUAUUCAGUUACCUCUGUUGCGCCAGUUUGUGUUGCAGUUUACCAGUUCAAUAUAGCCCUGCAUUUAAAAUUCCUUUUUAAGAUUUGUGGAUUUUAUUUUUAUUAAGAAUAUAGAUAUAAAGUACUGUAGUUUACAGCUAGGCCUUGAAAUAUCUUUUUUAGGAUCUGUUAGGAAUAAGAUUGAUAUUGUAUUGUGUGUAACCUGCACAAUGUGGAAAGCUGAUAUACCUGUGCAAAAUCUUUGCCUCUGUGCUGUCAGUGUGAUGUGCUUUCUGCAUGGUUAUAUACUACUAGUGAUUUUAUCAAAACUUCUAAAACUUAAAUUACAUGGUAAAAGAUCUGUAAGAGGCUGCAUAAAUGUUAGUUGGCACAUAAAGAUAAUUGUAGAAGUUGAAGACAUGAUUGCUAUAUUUCAAUGUUUAUUCCCACUCAACAUAUUACCUUCUAAGGUUUCUUUUUUUGUUCAAAGCAUGAUCUUAAAGAUAUGUUUAAGUUAAUGGAUGUAAUGCAGGGUUCCUACACUGUAUUGGCGCAUGUUGGUGGCCCUCUGUGCCCUAGAUAUAUGCACACAGGGUGCAAGUAAAAAGCUACAGAGUGAAAGUUGGUUUGGAUCCUCUUCAUUUCAUUUGUUUAGCUUUUCUGUUAUUUUUCUCUACUUACAUGUAUUCCUGUGAAUAAAUCCUUGUUAAGUUAA